GAAUUCUUUCAGGUUGUUUUAUUCACUUUUCCAAAAGCAAGACAAAAUUUUGAAAGCUGUACUGAAGGUAUUUUAUAGCUUCAGCUGCGGUAACUGCUUCCUUACGAGCCUUUUUGCUAUUUUAGUACAUAUUUCUGGUGUUAUUUUAGUGAUUUACCCUCGACUGGGAACGAGGUAAAAAAGAGGGCAUCAGAUGACAGAAGAUCAAAUUGUGCAUAACGACCUCUUCCAGUUCAGAAAGUUGAUUUUGCAUCUCUUUUGAGAGUAAAGCUUAUCAGUUCCGGGUUCGCUUUGCACUCGAGGACAGAUGUAGCACAUCCCUUCGAAGUCAGGAGCUUUUGAGAUGAAUAUCCGGGACGAUGCGUCGUGGUAUCAUGGCUCUCUCUCUCGUGAAGAAGCUUUAAAUACUCUCAUAAAACACGGGAAAAGAGAAGGUUUAUUUCUCGUACGAAAAAGCCAUACAGUACCGGGAGACUACGUACUUUCGCUUUGGAAUUGCAAUCAAGCAUUGCACUUCCAGAUUCAAUGCAGAGGAGAUAUUUAUUUCUCGAUUGACGACGGUCCAGUUUUCCAUGGUUUAGAUUCAUUGAUAGAAUAUUACAGAGAAAAUGCGGACGGCUUGCCCAUACGUUUAGUCCAAAAUUGCGCUGGCAGCCCUCCCCCAGCCUCGGCAAGAAAACAUGGAAUUCAGACCCGUUUACACCAAGCUUGCAUGGACAGAAAUGAAGUUUUAGUACGUAGACUUUUGAGAGAAAACCCUCUGGAUGUGAAUGCUCGAAAUGAAAAUGGAAGGACACCUCUACACCUAGCGGCGCUCGUAGGUGAUGAUGAAAUAGUAUUUUUAUUAUUACAAUGUAAUGCUGAUCCAAGAUGUCGAGAUAAUAAUGGUCAUACUGUAUUAAUGUGUGCAUGUAUCGCAAAUCACCCAUCAACAUGUAAAAUUCUUGUUCAACAAGGAAGAGCAAAUAUCCAAGAUAGGUGUACGAACACAGGAUGUGUUGCACUUCAUGAGGCUGCAUCCAGAGGUUACACAGACUGUUGUCAAACACUAAUUGAACUAGGAGCCCCUCUUCACCCAAGAACCGCAGAAGGAGAUACUCCUCGGGACCUGGCAUUGAGACAUGGUUAUGUACAGAUUGCCGACAUGAUAGAUAAUUAUCCAUUACCACCUCCUAAAACUAGUGCUUGUUUGUGGCUACAUGAACACCUUGACAGGAAGGGAUCUUUGGAUCUCUUUCAAAAGUGGGGAAUGAAGGAUGGCCAGUUUAUAAUCAGACUAAGCACCAGAGAUCAUGGAUAUUAUGUAUUGUCCCUUGUAUUAAGUAAACUAGUAUAUCAUUAUCAGAUCAAAAGUAGGUCUGAUCGAUGGUUUUACAUCGAUGAUGGUCCAUUAUUUGAAACACUACCACAUGUGAUCGACCACUACAGUAAAUAUGCUGAUGGGCUGCCUGUGUUAUUGCAGUUCUCUAUCCCCCCAGAUGGAAAGCCACCAGUAUCAUUAGCCUUAAGACCUCCACUACAAAGAAGUAGCUCAGUGGAAAAUGUAAUUGAUAGUAUGCCAUCUCGACAAAAUGUUACUGAGUCCAAAUCUCGGCUUGGCCGGUCCUCCAGUCAAGGAUAUCCCCAACCCCCUCAAGAUGUUCUACCACUACCUAUACCUCCACUGUCAAACCCACUGCCCAGACCACCAGUAACAUCUGAUAGACGAUUCCCUCCCCGUCUGCCACCGGGGAGUCAACCUCAACCACCUCCAGACUCUACAGCAUCUGAAGACAAGUCACCAAUGCCGACACAACACACCCUAAUCAACAGGGAAGACCUUGAGCUUGGUUCUGAGUUAGGACAAGGGGAAUUUGGAUCUGUUCUCAGAGGAGUUUGGAAAGAUCCCAAAGGAAAAAAGACUCCUGUUGCACUCAAAACAUUACAUCCUGAAAAAAUUGCCCAUGGAGAACAGGAAUUUCUUCGAGAGGCCCGUGUUAUGUAUGGCUUAAACCACCCAUGUAUUGUGUCUUUGAUUGGCGUUUGUCUUGGACCUCCUCUUAUUUUGGUUCAAGAACUAGUUGCAAUGGGUGCUCUUUUAGACUACUUGAUAGACCACCAGUCUGAAAUUACCCCUAGGGACCUUAAGCUAUGGGCAGCUCAGAUAGCAUGGGGAAUGAUGUACCUUGAGAAGAAGCGCUUUGUCCAUAGAGAUCUGGCAACCAGGAACAUACUGAUGUCUUCUAAACACCAGUUGAAGAUAAGUGAUUUUGGUCUGUCCAGGGCUGUAGGAUCAGGUAGUGAUUACUAUAAAGCCUCGCAAGGAGGAAGAUGGCCAGUUAAAUGGUAUGCACCAGAGUCUAUAAACUAUGGUACAUUUUCUCACAAGAGUGAUGUCUGGAGUUAUGGAGUAACGCUCUGGGAAAUGUAUUCCUUUGGUCAGUUACCAUAUGGUGAAAUGACUGGUGGAGAGGUCAUUAAAUUAUUAGAAAAUGAAGGCAAAAGGCUUGAGAGGCCAGAUGCUUGUCCAGAGCAUGUGUACAAAUUGAUGUUAAGAUGUUGGGACCUCAAGCCUGAAAGAAGGCCAACUUUUGAAGAGCUGCAUAACACAUUCAGUACAGAUCCAUUAUAUGCCGAUGUUCGUGUGGCAAGAGGCAAACCAAGCUGAAUGCAUAUAAUUUAGUUCUUUUUCAAAGUGAUAUUAUUCCUAUAAUUAGAAUUGUAAAAACUGCAGAGAGUUAAUGCUACUAUCAUUUUAAUGUCGUAGCUAGCUAAGCUUAGGGUCAAGAGUCAAGGGUCAUUUAGUGGUAUGGACCUCACCUCCCACUCCUGGGUUAAUUUCAUUGGGUUCAAUACCUGGAGUCCGCCCUGGGGGAGUGUAGGAUGGGGGGUUGGGUGUGGUCAUCGGAAAUUUUCAAAAAUACCCCUAAAAGAUACCUGAAUUCCUUUAAAAAGGGCAUAGUUGGGAGUUUUUUUACCCUUAAUAGAUACCCUAAAAGAUAAAGAGAAAUGCCAAAAUUCUAAAUUUCAAUUUUAUCACCCUAAAAGAUACCAAAUUGCUAAUUAUUACCCCUAAGAGAUGCUACAAAUUUACCCGAUAUUUUUACCAGGGAGUCAACCCCCUGGGGGCACAGCAUGACAUGUGAAUUGAGUUUGUUGAGACUAGACCACAGACAUGCAGAGAAUCGAUGCAUUCUCCCAACAGAGGUUUUGCACCAUCACUUGCUGGUGCCCAUAAUAUAGCUUGGAUUUUCUUUGGUCAGAUUACAGAAUGAUAAAAUCCCUUUGCUCUCAGGAAUGGAAUUCUUUCUCAUGUAAAACAAUUGUAUUUUUCCUGCCAUCUAACAUGGCUGCCAUCACGUGAUGAUGCAAAACCUCUAUUGGGAGAAUGUAUUGAUUAUAUACAGAUGCAUCUUAGGUUCCAUAAGGGCAUUAUAAAUCUUAGUUAAUCUGGCUGAUCUUUCACUUCUCACAUAUAUUAACAUGAUUUUUACAUUUCUGCAGACACAUGGCUUGCGUAGUUUCAGAAAAGGGAGAGAUUUAGCAGUGACUUGUGAGGCCCGUCACUAGGGGUGCCCCCCCGAACCUAUCCAACUUUGUAGGAGUACGAAAUAAUGUUUAGCACUAUUUUAGUUUUUCAAGAGACAGCAUAACUAAGAUUGGUAGAAACAUGAACCUCCCCUUUCAAGGUCCUAGCGACAGGCCUGCUUAUGACUUCAAGAUUAAUGCUCUAGGCCAUUCCAUUUUUGCUAAAUCUCUCUAAAUGUCUCUGCCUUCACCACAGGGAAAAAUCACAAUGGACCAUGUUCACUAUCUCACAACAGUUGCAUAAGGGUAGUAGUGCAGUUUUCGUAUGACUGUGAAAAGCUCAGUGCAGUAAGCAUGAGGUGCAGUGACUGUGAUGCUUUCUUAAAUUUUAAUUGGCUGAUUUUUUUCACACGCAAUGUGAUUGGUCUGGCAUUGCCGUGACCUUGGCGUGACCAUGUCCAUGCCGUGUUCAUACCGUGUUCCUGGUAUUUCAUUGGAUGGAGAGUAAAUUCUCGUGCAAUGUGAUUUGUCUGGCGUAUCUCUUGCUGUGUCAUGGCCGUGUUCGUGACGUGAAUUUUUCACAGUCAUACGAAAACUGCACUAUGCUACUGCAGCCAUCAUUAGUUUCAGUCACAGAACCUAGCCCGUGAGGAUCUGGGACCGAAACUAAUGAUGCCUGUGAAGGAAGCUAGUAGUAUGCAGUAUCAUUACUAAUGAAUCUAACAUAAUGUUAUGUACCCUUUGAGGUAGAAAAAAGAAGUUCCUUGGUUAACAGGGUAGAUUAAAAAUAGUAAUAAUUUAUAGAUAGAAUAUAAUGUCAAGCUUUGGCUAUGCUUGAAAUCAUAAUAAGCUGCCAAACAAGUAUUUACUGACAUUCAGAUUUAAAGUAAAAGCUGCUUCAGCUUCAAUCACUUAGACUAAGGUCAAAAUCAAACUUCAUAUGAGCCAAACCUAAUGACAAAGAAGACCAGGGCUGUCAACUCUCCCGGAUAAGCUGGGAGUCUCCAGAUUUUGGACUGUAUCUCCCGGUCUCCAGAUUAGAGUAUCAAAUCUCCUGGAUAAUCCCUGAAGCUGACCAUUUCUUGUCUUGUGAGACUAGACUUUCACAACCAUAAAAUUCCAAUUAUUUUA